AUGCGAAAAUCCCUGCUCUCAUCCAAAGGCUUCAAGCCCCCUCGUAGUCAUGGCGAUGAUAAUAAAAAUAAUACCCCCACCGCCAUCUCCCUGUCCGAUCGCUCUGCGUUUGACGACUGUCGUAGUCGUUUGAGCGGCCAUUUUAACGCGAACCGCCUCCUUCCCACCCCGCGCCGCGUUUCGAAUGGCGGGAAUGCGCCCAUUGCUAUGAAUAAUAUCGAUAAUCUGAAUGAUAUCAGCGAGGAAUUUAUUGAUCAUCCGACGGCGGAGGGGAUUUGGUUGGAUGGGGGAAACAACGGGAAGCGGCGGCGUGCGUGGAGUGCGGCGCGGGAGGGCCUUGACAAACUUUCGCAGGACUUCGUCCCCCCUUCCGACGACGACGAAAAGGAGGUGGACAUGAGCGGAAAGGCGAGCAUCGAAAAGGAAAAGGACCCCGGGGUGGGUUUUCAAGGGUUUCCAACCUGCGUCUCGGCCCUCGAGCAGGCCUCUUCGUAUUUUUGGUCAACCCCAAUCGGGGAGGCGGGGGAGGGGAGUUUGGACCGCGAGGUGGAGGAAGAACGGCGGAUGUCGGAGGAUCUGCCCUUUACCCCGAACCUUUCCUUAUCGCAGCCGACCGAAUUACGCCGCUUUGACGGCUACGAACGCGACGAACCGCCCUUUUUGCUAUUCAACGACGACGACGACGACGGGGAAGGGCGGAAGGGCGAUCCGGCGGUGGGGGCGAAUUGUUUAGCGAAUCCCCCAUUCCCGACGUCGUCGUCGGUUUCGGUUUAUCACCCCUUGGCGUCCGACGCCGCCGGGGCGGUUCGGACGCGGACGACGUUUCGCUUCUCGCCGUCCUGCAGCCAUAGCCGCUCCGCCCCGCCCGGGGAGGACCCCACGGACGACGCCCAGGAAAGGGCCUGGGGGGGGGAUUUCGCGGAGGAGGCCCCCAACGGCGCCGAAAAAGCCGAAACGCCCUCCCAAGCGGGGAAUGAAGCGCCCCCGCACGACAAGGCGAGGGCACCAGCGGAGGAGGACCCGGAGAGAGCGGAGGGCUGGUAUGGCCUUCCCUGGGAGCUGCGGGCCCUUUUGCUGACCCGGCGCGGGAUUGCCGGGCUGUAUCCCUGGCAGACGGCCCUCCUCGCCCGCGCGGACCUUCGCGCGGGCCGCAGCCUCGUUUUGAGCCUCCCGACGAGCGGCGGGAAGACCUUUUUGGCCGAGAUGAGUCUUUUUCGUUGUUUGCACCGCCGCCGGCGGUCCGGGAUGUUCGUCCUGCCCUACGUCGCCCUCGCGGAGGAGAAGUGCGGGGGGCUGCGGGCCGUCGGGGAGGCCCUAGGGGUCCCGGUGGAGGGGCAUUUCGGCUCGGUCGGGCGCUUUCCCCUCGCCAGGGCCCCCGCGUUGUGGGUCUGCACGAUCGAAAAGGCCAAUUCGUUGUUGAACGCGCUGCUGGAGGAGGGGCGAGAGGAGGAGCUCGGGUGUGUGGUGGUGGAUGAGCUCCACCUCCUCGGCGAGGCCCGCCGCGGCGCGACGUUGGAGCUUUUUUUGACCAAACUGCUCCUGCUCUCUGAGCGCCGACGGCGGGAAUGCGGGACGGCAGGGGCAUUCAAGGCGAACGGGGUUGAAAACCCCCUGCAGAUCCUCGGCAUGAGCGCGACGAUUCCUAAUUUGCCCGACGUGGCGCGUUGGCUGCGGGCGGCCUGCUAUGAGGGGGACUUCCGGCCGAUCCCACUGAUCCAGUACACCGUGGUGGAGGGGUCGGUCUUGCGCGAUGGCGUGGACUGCGUGCGGCGUUUAUCCACCGCGCCGGACAUCCCAACGACCAAAGGGAAUUCCUACAAGGAAGGGGGGGAGGACCUCUACGAGCUCGCGACGGAGCUGCUGGAGGAGGGGUCGGUAUUAAUUUUCUGCGCGAGCCGCCAGCAGUGCGUCGAGGCCGCCCGCGGUGUGGUGCGCUACCUAUCGCGCACCCCCCCCCUUCCUUUUCCUCCGCACAAACAGGUGUAA